GUCCUAUUCUUAGUUGAAUCGCAUUAACUCCCCAAAGUGGUGUCGCUGAUGGCUUAGAGAUGCGCAAGCAUCUAAUUGUCUUUGUUCAAUACUUUCAAAUAGUUUAAGUUUUGUGUUUAAAAUUAUCCUAGGUAUUUAUGAAGCAGAAAAAUACUUGUGUGUGUUCUUCGCAUUUAAUUUACCUUCUAUGAAAAAUAAUGUUAGCUUAUAUCAAAUUAAAAAUAUUUAUAUAUAUUUAUGGUUUUUGAAAGAAUGUGUAAGAGUGUGUUUUUAUUGUUGAAAGUUGUUGAAUGUCAAAAUAUGCAAAAAACUGUUCUGCGUUUUUAUUGGAUAAUAAAAUUUUGACAAUAGACAAUAGUACAAAGAGCCAAUCAAAAUGCUAGAAAAAUAAAGUUACUUUUUCCUGCCGGCUAAUCUGGCAAUGAAAGCACUCUUGUUACUAGGGUGUUGUCCGGCUUUAUUCGGCUUGAUUGAUGUUGAUGAUUGGUGCGGUGUGUGACAACGCUAACGUAAUGAUCAAACAAUUUGUUUUCUGAUUCAUAAAACGUUUUAAGUUAAUAUAAUUUCGAUUAUUUGCUAAGUAUGAAAUUAUGAUGAGUGAUUUUGUGUAUUAUUUGGUUGUGUUGAUUUGCUGCACUGUCACAAAAACAUACGCAGAAACUGUGAGGUAUUACUAUGAUUAUGAAUGCAACGAACCUUUAGUAGCAAAUUCUAAACUAACAGCAACUUCAAGUUUGAGAGACAGAGGGCCCGAAAAUGCUAAAUUGUAUGGUACCUCAGCAUGGACGUCGCAAGAGAGCUCGUACUAUCAGCACCUAACGCUGAACCUAGGUGACCGCAAGGAGGUGCGCGGGGUCGCCACUAGGGGGCGGUAUGCGACCGACGAGUACGUCUCCGAAUAUAUGCUGCAGUACUCCGAUGAUGGAGAGAGUUGGAGGAUCAUCACCACAUCUGGUGGGGAUGCUCAGAUGUUCGAAGGGAAUCAAGAUGGAAACACUGUACAUAAGAACGAAUUCGAAGUGCCUAUUAUAGCUCAAUACAUUAGGGUGAACCCCAUGAGGUGGCGGGAUAAAAUCUCCAUGAGGGUGGAGGUCUACGGUUGCGACUAUGUGGCCGACACGUUAUACUUCAACGGUACGUCACUAGUGAAGGUGGACCUCCUCCGGGACCCCAUAUCGGCGUCCCGGGAGACCAUUCGUUUCCGUUUCAAGACUAGCACUGCGUCAGGGGUUAUGUUAUACUCGCGCGGUACACAGGGGGACUACCUCGCCUUACAGCUGCGGGAUAACAGGCUCGUCCUCAACUUGGACCUCGGUUCCGGCACACCCACGUCGAUGUCAGUGGGCAGUCUUCUAGAUGACAACAUUUGGCAUGACGUUGCCAUUUCAAGGAACCGUCGCGAGCUGCUGUUCUCUGUGGACAGAGUGGUGGUCCAAGAUCGAGUCAAGGGGGAGUUCUCCAGGCUCAACCUCAAUAGGGCGAUGUACAUCGGCGGAGUGCCCAACUUCCAAGAGGGUCUGGUGGUCAACCAGAACUUCACCGGCUGCGUGGAGAACCUUUACCUCAACGCCACCAAUAUCAUCCACGAGCUCAAGCAGGGGUACGACUCCGGGGAGCCCUUCAAGUACCAGAAGAUCAAUACGCUGUACUCUUGUCCCGAACCGAUAAUUGCCCCGGUAACGUUCCUGAAGGAAGGCUCAUACGCCAAAUUACGCGGUUACUCCGGCGGUAACACUCUCAAUAUCUCCCUGGAAUUCAGGACGUACGAGAACCAUGGGCUACUAGUGUACCACAAGUUUAAGACCGAAGGACAUAUUAAGGUGUUCCUCGAGGAAGGUAAAAUUAAAGUCGAAUUAGACACGCAAGGCUCUCCUCUAGUCAAACUGGAUAACUACGCGGAAAAAUUCAACGACGGCCGCUGGCAUUCCAUGAUGCUGACCAUCGCCACGGAUAGCCUCGUCCUAUCCGUGGAUAUGAGACCAGUGCGGACCACUAGGAAGCUGAGGAUACUUACUGGGACAACUUACUAUAUCGCCGGUGAUAAAGCCCCUCACCGCGGUUUCAUCGGCUGCAUGCGCAAGAUCGCCGUAGACGGAAACUACCGCCUCCCAACCGACUGGAAGAAGGAGGAGUACUGUUGUCCCAACGAGAUCGUGUUCGACGCAUGCCAGAUGAUAGACAGAUGUAAUCCAAACCCUUGCGAGCACGGCGGCGAAUGUUCUCAGACCGCAACUGAAUUCUCCUGCGAUUGCCAAGCUACGGGUUACGCUGGCGCUGUUUGUCACACUUCGGUGCAUCCGCUAUCGUGCCAGGCUUACAAGAACGUGGCAGCAGUAUCGCGCGCCAGCGAGCUCCACAUCGACGUGGACGGAUCAGGGCCUCUACCCGCCUUCCCCGUCACCUGCGAGCUGUUGUCGGACGGUCGAGUGCUAACUGCCCUUCAUCACACUGCCUCGGCCAGCACCACAGUGGAUGGUUACCAAGAGCCGGGCAGCUUCCGUCAAGACAUCCAGUACGAUGCAGAGAGACCACAGAUAGAAGCUUUGAUCAACAGAUCGCAUUCUUGCUCGCAACGACUCGACUACUUGUGCCGGCAUUCUAGGCUGCUCAACUCGCCCAGCGACGAAGGCAGCUUCCACCCGUUCGCGUGGUGGGUGUCGCGCACCGGGCAGCGCAUGGACUACUGGGCCGGCGCGCCGCCCGGCAGCCGCAUGUGUCGCUGCGGGGUGCUGGGCUCCUGCGUCGAUCCUACCAAGUGGUGCAACUGCGACGCCGAGUAUACAGCACCGGAUCACACUGACUUCCAAUCUGACGGCGGUGAAAUCACGGAAAAGGAAUAUCUACCAGUGAAACAGCUUCGAUUCGGUGACACCGGCAGCCAUCUUGACGAGAAGGAGGGACGAUACACACUUGGCCCCCUGCUGUGCGAGGGAGAUGACUUGUUCAGCGACGCAGUGACAUUCCGCGUUUCCGAUGCGAUCAUAUCGCUGCCGACCUUCGACCUGGGCCACAGCGGAGAUAUUUACUUCGAGUUCCGCACCACCAAGGAGAACGCCGUGCUAUUGCACUCUAAGGGUCCUCAGGACUACAUCCGCCUGUCAUUAAUCGGCGGGGACCAGCUGCAGUUCCAGUUCCAAGUGGGCGAUACCCCCCUCGGAGUAUCCGUAGAGACCAGCGCCAGGCUCGCAGACGAUCGCUGGCACUCUGUAUCUAUAGAGCGGAACAGGAAAGAAGCUCGCGUAGUAGUAGACGGGGCAUUGAAGAGUGAGAUCCGAGCCCCCUCAGAACCUGCCCGUGCCCUUCACCUGACUACUGCUUUAGUAGUCGGCGCUGCUUUGGACCGCAGCGACGGUUUUGUGGGCUGCAUACGCGCGCUGCUGUUAAACGGCCGCCCCGUCAGACUACGAGCCCUAGCUAGCAGAGGCAUGUACGGUAUAUCUGAGGGCUGCGUGGGCAAGUGUUCUUCGUCGCCGUGUCUCAACAACGGCACGUGCCUGGAGGGAUAUGAUUCUUAUUCCUGCGACUGUCGAUGGACUGCGUUCAAGGGGCCCAUAUGCGCUGAUGAAAUCGGCGUGAACCUGCGCCCCAACUCUAUAGUGAAGUACGACUUCCUGGGUUCAUGGCGCUCCACCAUCGCCGAGAAGAUCCGCGUGGGAUUCACCACCACCAACCCCAAAGGGUUCUUACUGGGGUUCUACUCCAACAUCUCCGGGGAAUACCUCACCCUCAUGGUCUCCAACUCUGGUCACUUGCGUGUAGUAUUCGACUUCGGAUUCGAGCGGCAGGAGAUCAUCUUCCAAGGAAAGCACUUUGGGCUUGGCCAGUACCACGACGUGAGACUCUCUAGGAAAGACAGUGGCGCCACAAUGCUUUUACAGGUGGACAAUUACGAGACACAAGUAUACCACUUCAACAUAAAGGAGUCUGCGGACGCGCAGUUCAACAACAUCCAGUACAUGUACAUAGGGCGCAACGAGACCAUGAACGAGGGCUUCGUGGGAUGCGUCAGUCGAGUCGAGUUCGACGAUAUAUAUCCGUUGAAGCUGCUGUUCCAACAAGACCCGCCGCCCAAUGUCAGGAGUAUAGGAGGGUUAUUGCACGAAGACUUCUGCGGCGUAGAACCUGUGACCCAUCCCCCGGAACCCGCCGAAACUCGACCCCCGCCACCCGUCGAUCUGCAGGCCGACAUGCAUCUGCAUCGCACCGAUGAAGCCAUUCUCGCCACGGUUUUGGUGUUCAUAUUCCUACUACUCGUGGUUGUAGCAGUGAUCCUAGUACGAGCCCUGUCGCGUCAUAAGGGCGAAUAUCUUACGCAGGAGGAGAGGGGUGCAGAAGGCGCAGCUGAUCCCGAUGCGGCCGCGCUAGCCGCAGCCACUGGACCGAGGGUCACUAAACGGAGGGAAUUCUUCAUAUAAACACAACCACACAAACAUAAAACAUAAAUACUGCACACACUUCAUGUAAACCGCACCAACGAUUGAAAUGAAAAACCUUUCUUGGCCAUCUUAUAUACAACAACAAAAAACCUACUUAUAGAAAUAGAAAAAACAAACUAAGCAUAUGAACAAAAAAUUAUCACUAAAACUAAGACGGCCAAUCAGUACCCUUAGUACGAGUUUCUGCUCACAAAAACUAUGAUAGUUUUCGUAAUUGUAAAUUAUAUUUCUAUGUCCAAUUUGGUGAAAACUAUUCAAAUAUACUUAAAAUUUAAGAAGACGCAAAGGAUUUAAUGAUAGAAUUUUAACACUGUUUAUUUGUAUUGAAGCGAAAACAAUAAAAUCAGUACCCUUAGAAAGAGUGCGAGCUCACGAAAACUAUUUUUUAUUAUACUCUUUAUUGCAUCAUAUAGUUAAAACAUAUAGUCAAAUACAUAGUAAGCAAAGGUGGGCUUAUCUCUAAAAGAGAUCUACUAUAACUAUCAUAGAUUUCGUAAUUUUAAAACUCGCACUAAGGGUACAGGACCCUGCCGAUUGCGACAAUUAUCUGUUUUUAGUACAUUAUGUAUUUGGACGGUUACGAAGUUACACAUUGCUGCGUUAAUAACGACGCAACAACGACGAGGUAUGACGAAAUGUCGCAAUAAAGCAUCCGAUAUUAUCGACUGAUAAUAACGCGACUUCAUAAGUUUUGUUUAAACAUCUUUUGAAUCGGAUAUCAAACACUGCAUUGAAAUAUUCACAUCCUUUGCUGUUCGAUUUAUUUUUACUUAAAAAAUAAUGUUUAUAAAAACGAAAAUUAUGUUUAUAGAGUCUGUGCGGAAAGAGAAUGGGCGUGGCGAAAAACGGAACUAACAUUAAGAUGUUUUUUGGCAAUCAAACCCAGCAAUCUGUAGAACGUCAAAGUUUUGUAUUGAUACGGAUUUGUUUGUUGUUGUGAUUUCUUACGGUUUUUUAAAUUAAAAGCACUACAGCGCCCCCAAUCUAAAUCCCAUUCUCAUUCCGCACACUCUACCUAUAAACAUAUUUUUUUUGGAAGCGAUUAACGACGUAGUUUAAAUAGUUAA